GUGAAAAUUCUGCAGAUACAGUAUUUGGAGUUUUCAAAUUGCCAAAUAAAAAUUUAGACAGUAAACGAAUAUUUGGCAAUUUACCGUGCAAUGCAUGUAUAUUUUCGAUAUUUGCUGUUAGAUUUCAGUUCGUGCCUGGUGGAGUAUUAUUUUCUCAAACUUCAGAAGGUGUUCAAGCAUGUAGAAAGGUAUUCGGACAUGUGGAGUACUUGGCUGAAUACUUUCUGCUGUAUUUUGACUUGGAGAAGAAACGUUAUGGAUAUUAUUUUGAUUACCGUCUG